ACUGGUUACAUGGAUCUUUCAUUGGUUUACGCAGUUAACGACACUCAAGCGAAAUUAUUGCGUGAAGGGGAAGGAGGUCGUUUGGUAACUGAAAGACGAAACGGUGGUGUUUGGCCGCCACAGGCUGCCAACGCACAAGAAUCAUGCACACGGGCAAUUCCUGCCAAUGAUACUUGCUAUGUCGCAGGGGAUUCUAGAGUUAACCAAAAUACAGAACUAACGGUGCUCCAAAUCGUUUUGCUAAAGGAACAUAAUCGCAUAGCUGGUAUACUAUCAAAGUUGAAUAGACUUUGGGACGACGAGAGGAUUUAUCAAGAAACACGACGCAUUCUAAUAGCCAUAUGUCAACACAUCAACUAUUACGAAUUACUUCCGAUAUUACUAGGCCGGGAUAAUAUGCUCGAGAAAAAAAUAAUUUACAAAAAUCCUACAGGUUACAUAAAUGACUACAAUCCAAAAAUUAGUGCAUCCAUAAUAAAUGAAUUCGCUACUGCAGCUUACAGAUACUUCCAUACACUAAUACGAGGAAGACUUGAUGUAUUAAAAGAAAACCGCAAUUUAGAACGUGUCCUGAGAUUAAGCGACUGGUUUAAUCGACCUUCUGUAAUCGAAGAACGCGGUACCUUUGAUGGCCUAGCGAGAGGCUUAACCUAUCAACCUGAAGAUAAAGCUGACCAAUACUUUGAUAAGGAAAUUACUCAGUAUCUUUUUAGAGACAAUAGGACCAAAGGUGAUGAUCUUCGCGCCACUGACAUUCAACGCGGUAGAGACCACCGCCUAGCGGGCUACGUCGCGCUUAGACGCUACUGCGGACUGUCCGAGCCUAAGAACUUCGAUGACUUGAGCGGUGAUAUUUCAGAAUCUAAUAUAAAAGCCUUGAAGUCAUUGUACAAAUCAGUUUACGACAUAGACCUUACCGUGGGAGGUGUGCUGGAGGAACAUGCGCCUGGUGCACUGCUGGGGCCCACUUACCUUUGUAUUUCAUUGAUACAAUUCUACAACAUCCGUGUUGGAGAUAGAUUCUUUUAUGAAAAUGGAGAAAAUAAGAAUAUAGCUUUUACACCGGCUCAACUAGCUACAAUUCGCAAAGGAUCUAUGGCUCGUUUAAUCUGCGAUAAUGGAAUAAAUAUAAAAAGAAUGCAGCCCAGAGCAUUCGAACUUGUUUCUUCUGACAAUAAAAUAGUUUCAUGUCAAACCUUACCAUCAGUGGAUUUGAGCCUUUGGAAAGAAUCAAAAUGAGAAAAGAGCAUCUUAUGCAAUACCUUUAUUCUGAUAGGUUCACAUAAAACUUUACAUAAUUUUAAUUUAAUACUGUCUCAAGCAAUAUCUAUGGCCACAGUUUGUUGACCAAUCAGGAUUCAGAGAUGUGAACUUAUGACGUCACAAAUCUUACAUUAACAGACUAACCAGUGAAGUUAAA